AUGUCUGUCUCAGCCACCGCUCGCCGGCUCACGCGAGGAGCUCUCUCUUCGUCUCCCAUGCCCACUCGGCAGCUGACGCGAUUCACCAUUUCGCAACGCCUGUCCUCCAGCAACGCGCCCAAAUCCUCCUCCUCGAGCUCACGCCCGUCUCCGGCACCCCAAAAUGACCGAUCGCAAUUCAAAAUCCUCCCUAUUGUGAUCAUCAUGGCCAUUGGAUCGGGAUCAUACGCACUGCUCGUCAAGUCUCGUACGGGACAGGCGCCUCAGCGUCAGACGUAA